CUGUGAAGCCCCCUCAGGACGACACCUGUGAAGCCCCCUCAGGACGACACCAGGGCUGGCACGAGUGACUGAUCGGCAGCCCUCAGCAACAACCACAGACUGAUGACAGGCCCGCUGGACACUGGGUUUGACACGUUCUCUUGACACACGGCUUGCAAUGACGGAGUUGUGCAGUGUGGUAGCCUCCCUCCAGGUGUUGCUGUACACCUGUAUAUUACUCAAGGCUGCCAAGCCUCACCUUUUGAACCCUGUCAGGUAUGCCAUCCAUCUGAGGAGACAGAGCCCAGCCAGGUACAGGCUCAAGGUACAGAGGAUCUCGGUGAAAGCCUUCCAUGGCAAGGCACCAACGGGUCUACAUUGUGAGCUGGACCUGAACGCUGCUGCUUUCAUCAGUGUGAGAACAGCAAUAGACCUUGGCUUCAGGAAUGGUCAGUGGCACAGGGUGAUAUUUUUGGGGGAAGGUCCCACCAAAAAGCCAGAAUUUAAGAUUUCUCUGACAAAUGUUAGAGGAAGGUGGAUCCAGGUGAUGUCAUGCCCUGAUAUUGAGGAUAAGCUAUGCCUUGUGUCUCCAAUUCUGUAUCACAACCUGCAGAAGAGCAGGCAAGAUUCAUGCAUCAUUGUGGAUUUUGUGGACAGCUACAGAGUGACUCCCUCAGAGGAUGUCAAAAAGGUCCUGGCCCUGUGGAAUGAGGUGCAAGGGGCUGAUUUUGGCAGAGGAGAAGAAAGGGUUCCUCCCUCCUUCCCCAACACUGCUGCAGAAGUACAUGUUAAAGUCAUAGAGUCAGCUCAGUAUAAGUACGGGGCUGAGCUGGAGUCAUUACUAAUAGACUAUUUCAGAAUCCCUAAAAUAGUUUCUCUUGGUGACACACUAGUCCUCUCUAUACCCAGCCAUCUUGCUCAUGAGUUCACCCCUAGCAGUGCAAUGGUCCCUCCCAAGACUAUUUUUGUCAAAGUAGUAAAAGUUAUAGGAAAGUCUGGAUCAGAGACCAAACACUGUGUCCAGGUGGGUGUAAGCAGAACAAAUCUUUAUCUUGCUGGAACUAUGCAGUCUCCAUUCCCACCAUACUCAGAGGUUUUUGACAGCCAGGGAGAAACUGAUGUACCUCCUGUAUUGAAGGAAACAUAUCAAAGACUGAAAAAUAUAAUGCAUAUGGUAUUAAAAGAUACAGACAAGAAUAUUGCAAUAUCUGAUGGCCCCAAAAAGAGAAGCAGCAAUCCCACCACGCCAAGGAAUACCAGCAGGAGGCAGAGGAAUAAAUCAAACACUACCACUCCUCAACACACACAACACUCAGCACCAAACACUAUCAAGAGUGUCACUGUCCUGCUCCUCGGUCCUCCAGGGCAAGGCAGUGAACAGGCUAUCAAGUUGGCUGCUUCAUCAGUGGGUCUUGGCACCGUGUGGAUCAACUGCUGGCAGCUGAAGGGGGACACCAGCGGGGCCACAGAGGCUCGACUGCACCAGACCUUUGUGCGGGCCAGUGCUUUCGGCCCAUGUGUCCUUGUCCUGCAGGAUGUACACUGCCUCUCCAAGGACCGGGAUGGCGGGGAUGAUGCACGGGUGGUGGCUGCUCUGAGGGAGGAGGUGGCCCGGCUGUGCUGCCAGGAGCCUCAUGUGGUGCUGGUUGGCACUGCCCCAGACCGCACCUCACUCUCCGAUGACCUCUGGAGUGUAUGGAGUUACCAGGAGAGUGUGACUGUGGCAGACCUAAGUCAGCGGUGUGCCAUGCUGAAGUGGCUCCUCCCGCCAUGGCUGUCAGCCCAGCAGAGCCUCACCUUGGCUCAGCGCACUGCUGGAUACCUGUUAGGAGACUUCCUGGCACUCUUGCAAGCCUCCCAGAGACACUGCCUGAUGCGAGGGGCUCAUGAAGAAAGGACGGAGGAGUCUGGAAGUGGACAUGAGGGUCGCCAGGCGACAAUGCCGCAGCUUCAGUAUUGUGACCUCCUCCAAGCACUUGACAAACUGCAGGCAAGCCGUAGUGAAGCUCUGGGGGCGCCACACAUCCCACAGGUGCAGUGGGGAGAGGUGGGGGGUCUGGAGGGGGCCAAGCGUCAGAUCAUCAACACUAUUCAGCUGCCUCUCCGCUACCCCUCCCUUGUGGCCGGCAAACUGCGGCACUCAGGCGUGCUACUCUAUGGGCCUCCUGGCACUGGCAAGACUCUUCUUGCCAAGGCUGUGGCCACUGAAUGUGGCCUGAAUUUCCUCUCUGUGAAGGGCCCAGAGCUGCUCAACAUGUAUGUGGGACAGAGUGAAGAAAAUGUUAGACAAGUGUUCCGGCGAGCACAAGCGGCGUCUCCGUGCGUCAUCUUCUUUGACGAGCUGGACUCCCUCGCCCCAAACCGUGGUCGUUCAGGGGACUCUGGCGGUGUCAUGGACAGGAUUGUGUCAGCCCUGCUGGCCGAGCUGGACUAUGUGGCCGGUGCAUCAGAUGUGUUUGUUUUGGGAGCCACAAACCGUCCGGACCUGCUGGACCCUGCACUGCUGAGGCCUGGCAGGUUUGAGAAGCGGGUGUUUGUGGGAGUCUGUGAGGACCAUGAAGGGCAGGUGAAGAUCCUCAAGGCAGUGACAUCCAAAGUUCCCCUGAGCCCGUCUGUCUCCCUUGAGAGAGUGGCUAGCCUGCUGCCCCUCAGCUUGACUGGUGCUGACCUGUAUGCCCUGGUGACCGACGCCCUCUACACGGCGCUCCACCGCAGCAUCAGUGCCGUGCGUGCUGGCCAGCUGCUGGAGGAGGAGGUGGAUAUCACGGUCACUGAGGAGGACCUGCAGAGGGCAGCCAGAAGCCUCAUCCCAUCAGUCAGUCCCCAGGAGCUGGCCCACUACCACGCCCUCAACGCCACCCAAAGAUGAUGCUCACCCGGGAUAUCAUUAUUGUUAUAAAUCAUUGUUGAUGUUGAUCUCAUGUCGACUGCUGCAAACCCUGUUCUUCCAAAGCAGUAUUGUGUCUGUUUUAUGUAAGGAGUGUUGGAUACUUUAGUCCUGGCAAAUGGGUCCCACUCCUGUGAACUUUACACUUAAUUUGUGAGAAAAUUCUUGAGUAGGUGCUGUUGAAGCUAAUAAGCAUCUUAACAGCCUCAGUGCUUUCUGUGGGCUCCUUAUUGUCUUGGAGGCAUUCUGCUUGAAGGGUCCCAGUGAGGGGAUGUCCAUUCCACUUGUGUCUUGUUGGUGAUAUGAGUUGUCACUUCAUGUGGUGUGUAAAUAAAGGGAGAGAGAAU